UGAGUCGUGACGUCACGGGAUCAGAUGGCAGAACAUCAACAAAGUGAGACAUCGCUGGCUGCUUCCACUGAGCUAUGGCUCCUCCCUGACCUCUCGUGGCAUCUUUCUCACCUACUAUGUGCUCUAUGAACCCCCGCGGAGCCUCACGCCCGUGUUUAAGACGAGCCAGUACAAGGUUAAUAUGGGGAUACUGUGCUUUGUUAUUCUAUAUAGAAUGUAAAUCUGUUUGGCUUGCUCAUAAUUAGUGAGUAUGGAGGGGUCUAAAGAUCUACCUCCUGAUGAACCAGACUGUAUCAGGCUCAGAGCACAGCAGCAAGUGAUACAACUGUGGUCAUAUCAGUAUGGUUUGCGUCUACGACAUCUCACACAAGUGGUUGGAAGAAAUCUUCAGGGACAUGGCAGUCAUCCUCGCCCAGUCCCAGCCUGCCCACUCCCAUCGAAGAACCCUCGUUCUCCUGCAAAUAUGGGCUAUUACUUUACUCUACAUGCUUCAUCAAAUAAGGAAGAAAUAUUUUCAAGUGAACUUGAGAGCACUACAAACCCAAAUUGGCUGGAAAUGGAGCCAGAGAGUAUAAAAACUAUUCAUCAACGAUCUUUGAAGGGCGCCUUGAUUCGGUUGUGGUUUAAACCAGAAGGGGACAAUGCUCAGCUUGUUACCACCUGGGGGGUACAUUUCAGUGGUCUUGUCCCCAUUGGUUCAGUGUUGCCCUAUGACCAUGAAAUGUACAAGCCAAAUACAUUGGUUUUCAAACUGCGACACAUAUUCUACACAGCACCAGGAAAUUAUCAAGACGCACACCUUGAAAAAUCGCCACCACGACUUCGCUAUGGAUUCGUAUUACCGUUGUCAGAGACAAAGCGAUGCUAUACUGUCAGUGCUUUAUCAAGGUUACACAGCACAAAGAGAGCACAGCGGCAGCAGGAAAUUAAAUGUGAGGAUACACGCGAUGAUCUGGAGCGUCAGGGAUUAACUAGAACAUCAUGUUCUGAGUUGUUAGCAACAAAGGUUGAAGAUUGUCGCGUGAAGGUUGCCUUACUCAGGGAACAGCUAGAGGCUGAGAUAGACCAACUCCGGGCACUUAAGCUUUCGGCUGAUAGCCUUGAUAAUCAAAAUCAAGAGAAAGGUAUUGAACUGCUGGGAGGCUACCAAGAUCUCCACCGUCAGCUGGUCAAGGUCAGAGGCUUACAGGAAACAGCAAAUACUGAUAGUGAAAAACUUCGAGAUGCUUGUGUGUAUCUCAGUGAUUGGCGGAAACAGCUAAUUUCACAGCUUCCUAUAAUCUACCCCAUCACUCAGGACGGAGAAGGCAAGGUUCAUAUUUGUGGUGUUCACUUGCCUGAUGCUGAGAACUAUGAUGGCUUUAAUGAUAUAAGCCUUAGUGUGGCACUUGGCUUUGUUUCACAUCUGAUUGUGUUAAUCUCCCAGCUACUACACUUGCCUCUGCGCUAUCCUGUCAAGCCUAAUGGUUCAUUCUCUACCAUCACAGAUACCACCUCUGUGCAGCUCCGUGACACCGAAAGAGAGUUUCCAUUAUAUACACGUGGUAAGGAUAGGGAGAGGCUCCACUUCAACUAUGGAGUGUUUUUACUAAACAAGAAUAUUGCCCAGACAAGAUGGUAUUGUGGCAUUCCUACCCCAGACCUUCGACCUACUCUGCCAAAUUUAAGCGUUCUUAUGUCGAAGCUCAUUCAAAAUGGCACUAUGGGUAACCAGCCUGCAGCAUUGAUGCCAGAUGUAUUGAUGCCUGUGCCAGCUUCAACUGCCCCUCUCAAUCUUGAGGUUCGCACACCUGCUAGUCUCUUACAACAGCAGCGUUCCCCGCGUCUUCCCCUAAAUCCUCUUGGUCGUACUACAUCACAGGAGCAUUCUAAAGGUUUCAUAGAUAAUUAUGAGGAUGAUGAUUGUACAUCACAGUGGAAGUUCACAAAGUCUGGUAGUGAAACCAAUUCAAGUGAUGUUUCUCCUGUAAAGGCAUCAUUAUAUGUAAGGGAAGCUGAACCACUGAAUGACAAAGAUAGUACGGGAAAAUUUGUGUUUGUUGAUAAAGUUCAGCAUCCAUUAGUUGAUACAACCCAAAUGGAACAACAUUUAGAAGAAAGGUUAUCACAUUCUAAUGGCUUUAGUUUUUCUUUAGAUAAUGGUCUUAAUCAUAUUGGUGGUAAACAUAAUCAAUAUUAUAAGAUUCAAAAUCUGUCUUGUUGUGAUGAUUUAAAAUUGAUGAAUAAUGUUUCCAAGGCUCUUGGUUUUGUCCGAGGAUCAGACCCUAGUUUACUGGCAAAUUCAGAUUUAGCUGUGGCAGGAGAAGGUGAGGAAGAGAUUCUCCCAGUAUUUAAAGAGCAGACUACCGAGUUACUUAGAUCAUGGCAUGAAGACGAGCCUUCUCACUACACAGGUGUGGUUGAGGCAGGUAGCUCCGAGAAGCUGGAAGAAGUUGGUGUAGAGUGUGAUGAAUCAUUUAUGUGCUCGGCUGACAAAAGAAAAGCAUUACCACAAAGGACAAAUUCAGAACAAACUGAAGAAAAUAAUGAAAUUACAUUGAGAGAAGUAGUGAAAGCUGAAGGAAUGGAGCAACACUUGUCUAGCAAUAUAGAGGCUGAGAAAUCAGAUGAAAAAAUCAAAUCAGAGAAGUCUGUAUCUGGGAAUGAAAUUGAAGACGAUUUAGACAACUUAAAAAGUGGAAAAGAUGGUGUUUUAUCCCUCUCAGAAUUUGGAGUUACUGAAGACAUGUUUCUUAGUGAUGUUGCUCUAAGAACAGCAGCUUUAGCAAGGCAAAAUUGUAGUUUUAAAAUGUCAUUUUCAAGACAGAGCACAGAAGAUGAAUAUCAUUAGCAUAUAUUUUAUUUCUUAUAUUGUAAUCAUUCUUUAAAGUAGUUUUGUCUGUAUUAAUACAUAUAGAAUACCAUACAAUAUGUAUAAAGUAAUGAUCAUAUCUUAAAUUUUGAUCAAUAAAAACUAAUAUAUUAAAAGAAAACAAAUUUCACUGUAAAUAUACAUUGUUUGGAAUAUGUUAGUGUAUGAUGCUGUACAAAAUUUUCACAAAUUUUAUUUCCUAUAAGUUUAUUGGAUGAGAUGUUUUUGCAGUAAGAGAGAGCAAAAGGCUCAAUUGUUAGUUGUUUAUCGUUCUUUAAUUAUUAUUACCCGAUUUCCCACUUUCAUGGGAUGGAGGAGGCAUUAGCCAGAGAAAAUGGGGAAUAAUAUGGUGAAAAGAGGUUGUCAAUGCUAACAAAUAAUAUGGCUUGUGCAUUCUUUAUAUUGUUGACACAAAAUAACAGAUAAAUAAGUGCUGCCACACUUGAGAACACCUAUAGCAGCAACUCGCUGCCUCAUAAGACUAGGCGUACAGUGCUCCACGUGAAUUAUCAUGUAUAAUACAAACACGUCCACUUCCUUCUUACAGACCACUUCCCCCUUGUCCUUUACCAUAUCCUUUGUGUUGUUCACAUUCAGUCCCUAUUUCCUAACACUGUCUACCCAUUGUCCCUCUCUUUCCUCCUCCUCCUUAAUGUCAAAGAUACAUGAAGAUGUUCUCUUCGCCAGUUUAUCAUCAUCCGUUCAACAUAGCCCAACCAUCUCGGUGUAUUGAUGCCUCAUCUCGGUGACAUUUUCAUCACUUAUUCUAUUCUUCAAACAGCACAUGCUUUUCUGACUUGCUAUUAUGCUAAUUCAUUGUUUUGAAUGUAAAUACCACACUGUCAUCUUACAUCCAUAUACAGGGUUGGCAGUAGCAGUCCUUCAUUCAUGCAGUGUUCUUCCUACAUUUAUUCCAGUGUUUUUUUUGUAAUUUUGACUAUCUUUCUGGACACACUACUCUCAACUUGGAUUGUAGAAAUGUUUUUUUAUGAGCUGCAUAUCCCACGUAUUUAAACUGAUCAGCUGCUUCAAGCAUUUCAUCAUUCAUAUUUACCUCAUGUACACAAUUUCUUCUCAUCCCCACUAUAACUUUCCUUUUCUAUCUAUAACCUUUACUUUUAAUUCCUCUCUCUCAUUAAUACAAUUUUCACUUCUAAAUAGAUGCUUCUCACUCUUUAAAUAAUUGUAUCAGCAAUACAUCAAAAUUGAUGUACAAUACUGUACUCCACUCCAUUUACUUACGUUUGGUCUUUCACUAUGCUUCACCUUUAUUAAAUAGUCUUUCUUUGACCUCCCUUAUGACUCCAUUCAUGUAUAUACAGCAUUGAACAACCAUAGUGACAUCACACAACCCUGGCACACUUCUACAUUAAUAGCAAACCAGACACUCUUUACACAAUUAAUUCACACACAUGCACUAUGUACUUCGUCUAUAACAGCACUUAACAGAAAUUGGCAAAAUCCAUAUGUGCCUAUCACUCCAACUUCCUACUCAAUAGGUAACAAUCUCCUAACAUGCCUUUUCUAUGAGCUAUCACAAUACAAAUAUCUGAUCUACAGUCCUUUUUUCAUCAUGAAACCCAGUUUUUUAAUCACAGAUCAAUUUCUCAAUGCUUGUGUACUUUGCCAAUCACUAUCUUGUUAAACACUAAAUGCUCCAUUCAUUAAACUAAUGCCUCUAGAACACUUACACUUAACACAUGCUUACUAUGGUAUGAUUUCAAAUGGCACUUGCAGUGUUUCACUGGACUAAGAGAUUCAUCCUGAAACUUUGAAAGUACAGUAUAUUACAUGAUAUUGUGCAUUAUGUUGUCAUAUGAUGAUCUUUAUCUUUCUGUACUUUUUGUUAUUCCUUAUGGAAAAUCAUGGGAUUACCUCACUACAUAAGAAUAAAAUGUUGUGAAAUGCACCAUUGAAACUGUGAUAUGUUUUGUACUUGUGAUGGAACUUAUGUACCAAUAUUAACAUUUCAUAUUUACUGAACAUGAGAAGGCUGUAUUACAUUAUUAUAUUGUAUAUUAUUAUUGAAGGUACAGUAAUUUGAAGUGUAUAGAAAGUCUUGUUUUCCUUGUAAUAAUCUAAGUCAUGACCCCGUGGUAGAGAAUAUACUAAGGAUUAGUACAGAUGAAACGUCCCUAUUAACAAAAUAGUUUUUGUACAUUAUAAAUUCUUCUCGUAGUAUUGAAAGAUACUAUGGCCAAAAACUUUCAUAUCCUAAAUUUACUUUCUGCUCCAAGACAUUGUUGAAAUGAGUUAUUACACUAUUAGUUCUC